AGGGUUUCAUUUGCCCCCUAGAGCCAAAAUUCCCCUUACCAUGUCGGAGGUGAUUCUCGACCGCGAGGAGAAUUCCGCCGAGGAUCGUUCACGGUCCUCGUCCCCCCAGCCCCCUCCGCCGUAUCGGGACGGCAGCCACUCGCCACCCCGCCGUUCGCCGCCUCCGCCUCCGCCUCUGCCAUCGUCGUAUAAGCGGCCGAGAAUGGACGAUGGGAGGAUUGGAGAAGGGUUUGAACCCGGCGAUACAAGGAGAAUGCCAGGUUUUUGCGAUCUUCCUGAAAAGGUAGUAGCGGAAAUCAUGUCCUGGCUACCUAUUAAGUCUUUAUUACAGCUUAAGUGUGUUCACAAAUCAUGGUGUGCUCUCACAAGCACUCUUAUAACAAGCCAAUGGUUUGUGGCAAAGCAUUUCAAGAAUUCUGAACGCGGUGCAUCCUUAUUUCAGAGGACCAGCGUCAACCUACCUUAUGAAACUAUAAAUUCUGAUGCAUCAAAUUCAUUUAUGACUAUCAACAAAGAAGAUGGUGGCAACGACCCAAUUUGCUUCGCUACUAGAGAUUUCAGUGUGCCUGAAUCUGUAGUUGGUGUACGUGGCUCUCAUUGUAAUGGUAUCCUUUUCUUACCAGACAAGGACACGGACAAGGUUUUGUUAUGCAAUCCGGCAAUUAGGGAAUUUAAGCUUCUUCGGAGUUCAUGCUUUGGAUCCAACUUUAAAACACAAGUCAUGGUUGGAUUUGGCUAUGAUGCCAUUGCCAACGUUUACAAAGUUGUCAGAGUUGUGCGCCUCCAUGGUACCAGUGUUGGUGCUUGCAUUGCAGCCGAGAUAUGUACGUUGGGUAAUCGUGAUUCUUGGAGGGAGAUUAAGAUGAAGAUAGAAAUUGACAUUACAUCUCUCACUUUCGAUGAGUUGUAUCACAAAGGAAUCUAUUAUUGGGUGAUAGAUGAUAAAUUUAUGAAGAACAUGCUUAUUUCGUUUGAUAUGCAUGUGGAGGAAUUUCAAACUAUACCACUUCCAGAAGAUCAUGAUCUGCAGGAGUUUAGAGCCACAUCUAGCACAAAAAUUAUCCACUGGAAGCUAGGUUUGUGGAAAGAAAGUGUCACUUUGUUUAAGUAUGUCAAAAGCAUAGCGCCGAAUUCAUAUGCACAGCCCAUCAAAAUGUGGAUAUUGGAUGAAAUCUCUAGCAGCUGCCAAGAAAAAUCUUUCUGUUGGACUAAAUGUGCAGAUUUACUUUUCGGCGGGACACUUCAAUAUUAUCCAUUAGUAUUUUGGAAGAGUGAUGAACUCCUUUUGCGAACAUCUGAGAUAGGCCUCUAUGCUUCGUACAACUUACGUACCCAAAAGCUUAGAAAUAUGAAGCUGCAUUUUUUUAACGACAGGUCUAUUCACGCUUUUGUUUACAUGGAGAGUUUGGUAUCAAUGCCAGGGGCGAGAAAGAUGAUUAGUUCAUCCUAAUGGAUAUCAUUUUUAUUUUCUUUAGCUCCUUCAACAAAGGAUCUUGAUGAGCAGGAACCGGGAAUUACACUUUGAUGCAGCCUCACUGACUUUAUUAGGGGGAUUGGUAUGGAGACUCUAGGAUAUUAGACGUUAAUAUGUUAUGUGGGGAUGUUUGUGGUUUCGAAGUUUAUAGUGUUCAUUUUUUGCUUUUUGGGGGGACUAUCAAAUUAUUAUUUUCUUUUUAUUCCAGUAGUGCUUAUUGAAAUACAAAUACAGGACAUUCUUAAUUUCAUUACUUAUUGAAACACCACAAUGGAAUUUUCUAGCGGACCUUGAGGAAUAACUAAUGAUGAUAAUUCACUCCAAAAAAAAAAAAAAAACCUAGUGAUAG